AUGGCUGCAGAAGGGGCAUCUGCUGGCGGCCCAGCGCCGGACGAGCGUCAUGCUAUUGGUAUCUCGUUUGGGAAUUCCAACAGCAGUAUUGCGGUUACCAUGGCGGAUGAUAAGGUCGAGGUCAUUGCCAACGAAGAUGGAGAUCGUCAAAUUCCCUCAAUUCUAUCAUAUGUCGAUGGCGAGGAAUAUAACGGCCAGCAAGCUCGGCAACAGCUUAUCCGGAAUAGCAAGAACACUGUGGCAUGCUUCAGGGACUUCCUGGGACAAGACUUCAAGUCAAUAGACCCUACGCACUGCCACGCCUCUGCCCACCCCCAAGCGCACAACGACACGGUCGCAUUCACCAUAAAGGAUAAGGCGGGAGACGAGGAAUCCACAGUCACUAUCUCUGAAAUUGCAACCCGUCAGUUCCGCAGACUGAAGCAAUCUGCUUCCCAUUUCACCGGCAAGGAUGUGAACUCGGCGGUUAUUACCAUUCCCACCAACUUCAGCGAAAAGCAGAAUGAAGCUCUCACUAAGGCGGCAAAGGAUGCGGGCAUUGAAACCCUGCAGCUCAUUCGUGAGCCAGUGGCCGCACUUCUAGCAUAUGACGCAAGACCAGAGACCAAAGUGUCCGAUAAGAAUGUGGUGGUCGCAGAUCUUGGUGGUACUCGGUCUGAUGUGGCUGUUAUCGCAUCAAGAGGGGGCAUGUACACAAUUCUGGCUACCGCUCACGAUUACGAAUUUGCGGGUGUGCAUCUGGACAAAGUUUUGCAAGAUCAUUUUGCAAAGGAAUUCAUCAAGUGGAACUCAAUUGACCCUCGGGAAAACGCCCGAAGUCUUGCAAAACUGAAACUCGAGUCCGAAGCUACGAAAAAGGCUCUUAGUAUUGGAACCAACGCGAAUUUCAGCGUGGAGAGCUUGGCAGAAGGCAUCGACUUCACAUCCACCAUCAACCGCCUACGAUAUGAGACAAUUGCACGAAAAGUCUUGGACGGAUUCAAUCGUCUUGUCGAAGGCGUCGUCAAAAAGGCAGGCCUCGAUGUUCUGGAUAUUGACGAAGUUAUCCUAUCUGGUGGAACAUCACAUACACCUAAAAUUGCCUCUAACUUCGGAUCCAUCUUCCCAGAGACCACCAAGAUCUUUGCUCCCUCAACUUCUGCUACGGCGAUUAACCCAUCAGAGCUUCAAGUGCGAGGAGCAGCACUGCAAGCUUCCUUGAUCCAGGAAUACGAAUCAGAAGAUAUCGAGCAAUCUACCCACCCUGCCGUAACUACAGUCAAGCACCUCACCAACGCGAUCGGCGUCCUGGCCAUUUCCGACGACUCCCACAAAGGAAUUUUCACGCCUAUCGUAUCCGCGGAAACCGCCGUGCCUGCGCGUAGAUCGAUCCACAUCCCCGUACCUAAAGAGGGCGGCGACGUUCUUAUCAAGAUUGUCGAAGGAGGGAGUCACAUCAAAGUCACGAAGCCCGAAUCAGCACCAACGACUAAUGGAAAGAAGGAAUCUGAUGACAGCGAGGACAGCGACGAAGAUAGCGACGAGGAACCGGAGGAACAGCGAGAGAAGGUAUGGAAGGUUGGGAAUGUGCUCGCCGAGGCCGCAGUUAAGGGCACCAAGAAGGGCGGACAGGUCGAAGUCAUGAUUAAUGUCGCUGUGGAUCUGGCUGUUACCGUCACGGCUAGAGAAGUUGGUGAGAAAGGAGGUGUUAGGGGGAAUUUGAGCGCGCCUUAA